AUGCUAUCCACUGCUGGCGCUUUGAUAGUUGGUAGAGCUGCUAUGGACGAAUUUGCCAUGGGUUCUAGGACGCCAAAUGUUACAAAUCCAUCUAAUCCCAAUUGCUAUGCAGGAGGCUCAUCUGGGGGAACAGCCUCCUCGGUGGCGUCUGGAAUUGUAUCUUUUGGCUUGUGUAGUGACACUGGCGGAUCAACCAGAAUUCCUGCCAGUUAUUGUCAAAUUGCAGGUUUUAGACCCACCACCAACCUAGUUACAAGACAUGGGUUAACCGAGUUAAGCUCCAAUAUGGAUAGUGUUGGUAUAAUGACUAGGAAGGUUGAACAGAUUAUACCAAUUCUAAGGGUAUUAACACAAUAUGACCCCAAAGAUAUGGCACAAAGCACUCAUAAUCGCAUGAAAUUAUUAUUCAACGACUCUACAUUCGUAGAUUCGUCUCAAUACAUUCCACCAAAGAAUAUAAUCCUAAACAUUGCAAAUGAUCUAAGCCAUUGUACCACUCAGCAAAUUGACUUAUUCAAAUCUUAUCAUAGCAGAAUACUGAACCCAAUAAAACAAAUUUUAGCCUCCCAAAACAUAAUUACUAAUGAUAUACAACUGCCAAACAAUAACGACAUUAUCAAAACAUACUACAUAUACGUGUGUGCCCAGACUAGAACAAAUUUGGCGAGAUUUAGAGGGGAAAGAUAUAAUCUAAACGACGCUAUGGACAUAGCCACUAGUGAUUUGUUGGGGAAAGAACCUAAAUAUCGAUAUAGAUUGGGUGAAUUACUAUUGAAAUCGUCAGAUCCGGACACAUUGUUCAACAAUUUGAAGAGAAAAUUAGAAUUAUGGUCCAAAUAUAUUCUAGGUGAUAAUACAUACCUACUCUUGCCAACACACGUAGAAGAUACGCCAAUAAAAACUCAAUUAGCAGAUAAUGAAAGUGUUAUUGACGAGAGCUAUGUAAUAUUAUCUAGUAUACUUGGAUUACCAAGUGUAACAGUGCCAAUCAUACACUCACAUAUCAAUGGAGGGAAGGCUUCAAGUUUUCAGUUGGUUGGGCCCAAAUACAGCGAUUUUGAUCUGUUAAAAAUUGCGACUUAUUUGGAGAAAUUGAUUAGUAAUUCAAAGUAA